AUGGCGAGCACUAUCCCAGCUGGCCUACGGUCAGCUGAUAUCGGUCGCUUUGCGAUCAGGGCUGCUCAGGUUGAAACUGCCAAACCGGUGGUGGCCUACUGGUGCAACUUCCAUAUUGUGAACCAGAUCAUUGAAAGGGGCCUCCAUAGCUCCGAUGAUGAAAUAAAACUCUAUACCACAAAUAUGGUGGACAAGUUGGAGCAGUUCAAAAAUGAGAAUCCAGAAAAUGAGACGAUCACCGAUACCGUUGCAGCCAGCGCAUAUGUCGAACAAUUCGGAUUGGAGGUCUUUGGUCGUGCCGAGGCAGCCAUGAACGCCAACAAGGUUACCAAGCAAACUGCAGACACCUUCUUGGCUGCAGCCACCUUCCUUGAGCUUUGCUCGAUCUGGGGAGCCGAUCCAGAAAUCGCGGGAAGAAUCAAGUUCGCCAAAUUCCACGCAGUCCGAAUUGUCAAGGCAAUCAAAGCCGGCGAGGAUCCGAACGAAAGCAAUCCAGUACCAAAGCAAGAAGAGGAAGAGCUUGUCGAUGAUCCCGAUGUGCAGGCCUUUGAUCAGUCUGUCGCAGAAGCCUCCAACCCAAGACAAGCCUCUAUCGAAGAGAUCCCCGAUGAGUCUGACCGUCUUGGACGAGACCUGGCUCGGAAAUCAACCCUUGAUGAGUCACUUCACCCAUCACGUACAUCAUCCGCUCCGCGCCAGCCCGUGACGCCUGAGAUCCCCUCCGUGCCUCAGAAUGCGCCUGGCACGCUCCCACAGGCCAAUUUCAACCAUGACCAAGCGGGCGGCUUGAGUCUCCCUUCAACCCCUGCAGCUAUUGGCUCCACGCCGAAACUCCCAGAUACCCCCACAGCUUUCCAAUCUUUCCCACCACCCCCGACUGAUACAACUGCAUCAGACCCGGCUUCGUUCUACGAUGCUCCCCCUAGUAAUCCCACUCCGCCGCCAGCCGCCCCAACUUUUGUCCCGAGCCCAGCUGUUCAUGCACCUGUGGCCCCUGAGCCAUACGUACCCACUCAGCCCUCCCAUGGUGUGGAUGACAACUCGGUGCAAUUAGCGCAGAAGCAUGCCCGGUGGGCUGUUUCUGCGUUGACUUUUGAUGAUGUUGAUACAGCCAUCAAGGAGUUGAGAAACUCGCUCAGAUAUCUUGGUGCUUCAUGA